UUUAAGAAUUCUCGAUUACAACCACAACUGCCCUCAUUCCGCACUUCUCUCCCAACAUGGUCUAUGAUCUGCCGUGCAGCGAAAGCAUCACAAGAUUGCUACGAUUCACAAUCACUGACAAGACGAGGGACGUACACUCCAGCAAACUCCUCCAAAGACAUCAAAGCAAUGAUCAUAGACGACCAACUCAUCGACGACUCUCGACUCGUCAUCAUCUCCACACGCGGUACCGAGUGCAAGUGUCUCGCUGAUUGGGCCGUCAACAAGGAUGCGAAGCCUGCGAAACCCGUCGGAUUUCUGGACGACGAGGAGAAUGCAUGCCAUGCCGGAUUCCUUCAGGUUGCCCAAGCGAUGAUAAGUCAAGUCGCAACACAAUUACAACAGCAGUAUUCAGCGUCCUCGGAAAGGCCUUCCCUUUUAUUCACUGGCCACUCGGCAGGUGGAGCAGUAGCUGCAAUGUUGUAUAGCCACAUGCUAUCGGUCUCCGUCUGCUCAGAAUUGACGACACUCGCCAACCAGUUCUCCACCAUCAACUGCAUAACCUUCGGCGCUCCCCCUCUCUCCCUGAGCCCACUUCUGAAACGAGAUCACGGAUCCGGUAUUUUCCUCGCCUUUGCAAACGAAGGCGACCCCAUUCUUCGACUCAGUGACGCCGCAUAUGUAAAAUCCCUCGCGAAACUCAUGACCACAUCGCCUCCUUCAUCUGGUCCGGCCCCGAAAGUCAAAGUCGUUCGCCGGUCCCGGGGUACUUCAGUCAUCCGGGAGAUUGCCCCGCCGCCUCCUCCGUGGGAGGAACUUCCGCUGUGGCCUACGCCGCCGGUUCUGCUGACGAAUGCUGGUGAUGUGAUUUUGCUCCGUGACAAGGAGAAUGGGAGGCCGACAGCAUCACGGGUAACGAGUGAAGAGUUGAGUGAUGUAAUUUUUGGCGAUUUCGCACAGCAUACUAUGCAGAUGUAUAUACGGCGGGUCAAGGAGGUCGCUUUUGCUGCGAUGAUGGGAAGAAAUUUGGACUAG